AUGGGUGUCACCAAGACCGUUAUCUCCCCUGGCAACGGCCAGCAGUUCCCCCAGAAGGGCGAUCAGAUCUCCAUGCACUACACUGGUUGUCUGUAUGAUGAGAACGCUCCUAACAAGAUGGGCAAGCAGUUCGACAGCUCCCGUGGUCGCGGUCCCUUCAAGACUGCCAUCGGUGUUGGUCGUCUCAUUAAGGGCUGGGACGAGGCUGUCCCCCAGAUGAGCGUUGGCGAGAAGGCCAUCCUGACCAUUACUCCUGACUACGGCUACGGCGCUCAGGGUUUCCCCGGCUUGAUCCCUCCCCAGUCGACGCUGGUUUUGUAA